CAACGCUUCACAAUCCGCGCAGCCAAGGUAACACACCAAAACUUUGCCCCCCAAAUCCCCGGACCCUCAGGGUGGGGUAGAGCCGCGGAGAAGCUGCAGAGCAAACAAAAGCUCUCCUCUUGGCUUUCAGAUAAAAACAUACCAGCUGUGAAAGAAAAAAAAAGUCCUGAUACAAACUCAAGACGAAAAGCGGAACCGAGCGGCGGAUCCACGUUUCCCAUGCUAAACUGUUGCUGAAGAGACUGAACGCGGAGAAUCUGAAAAUGACCAUCACGUGGACAAUCAUCGUAUUAGGUGCCUUCCUACAUGACAUGGCGUAUGCACAGUCUGAAACCACAAUACCCACCGCUUCUGAAUCACACAGUACCUCGAAUAGAAGUGUGGUCACUGAUGCAACUGUGUCUACUACGGUGCACAAAGCGACUAAUGCACAAACAACUGAAGCACAAACAACAUCCAUUCCAGCUGGUCCAACAAGCCAAGCCACACAUCCUCCCACUUCUGCACCAACUACCCAAUCAGAUCCUAACAACAACCAGGGCUCAACAGCUUUACCCAGUACAUCCACCCUAUACAUGCAAAAUGUCAGUUCUGCUCAAGUAAUACCAACUGGAGUUGACCCAAAUACUUCAUUCAGUCCAACUACCCAAUACACACUAACUGAUAGUCCUAAAUCAGUUACACAACCGCAUUCAUCAGACCAAGCUUCUACGUCCAAUCCAGAUAACCUUAAUACUCCGACUAGCACUUCUGAACGAACAACACAGCGUGUAUCAACUGAACAAACUACUGCAUACAGUCCAGCGAAGCAAGACAGGCCUACCAUUUCUGACCCAGCCACACCAGCUAACUCUACCACAGAACUCAUCACUUCUAAGCCAGACAUUACAACAGACAAAAAGACAACAACCGGGACCACAACUCAAUUACUCACCACAGCAAAACCAAACGCUAGAAGUUUUGUUUCUCAAAGUCUUCAGACCACAAUAGUACCGCAGUCAACAACUGCCCCAAUCAAAACAUCCCAGCCUUCGGAUCUACGCAAAAAUUUCACUCAUCCUGUCUAUGAUCUGAGCAGCAGCAGCAGCAGCACUGAAAGGAAUAUCGUGCGUGAAACCUGCAAGAAGCUGGGCCAGAACUUGAAAGGAAAUUGCUCUGUGGAAGUGGAAAUUAACAACAACCAAUUAAUUGCAACAAUAACAAUAAAUGCUAACCAGGCGAUACCAUUGGAAAAUUACAAUCCUCCAGAAACAAAUGAAAACGAGAACAGCAACAAGGAGCCAGUUCAAGACACGAUACCAGACACGCUGAUUGCCAUCUUGGCUUCAUGUGGUGCUUUGGUGCUCAUUCUGUGUGGCUUUGCUGCGUACUGCACUUAUCAUCGUAGAUCCUACAGGAAGAACCAGCAACAUCUAACAGAAGAGCUGCAGACUGUGGAAAACGGUUAUCAUGACAAUCCCACUCUGGAGGUGAUGGAGGUGCAGCCUGAGAUGCAAGAGAAGAAACUGGCAUUGAAUGGAGAGUUUAACGACAGCUGGAUCGUCCCAAUAGACAACCUUCUGAAAGAGGACAUACCUGACGAAGAGGACACUCACUUGUAAUGGACCCCGGUGAGCCGUGACGAGUGGGAAACCUGCUGCUGCCUUUACGGUAAAUUGUGACCAGCCAGAAUGUCAAGAAAAGCAGAGAUCGACGUAAAGACUAUGACAAGAUAGUGGUUUCAUUUGGCGCCCACACUGUAUAUGCUGUAAUUAAAUAGUUUGAUGUCAAGUAUGUGCUAGAAAGAGUAGAAAAGCUUUUGAGUUUUGUGUGUCACUGUCUUUGGAAAUGAUCAAUGCACAAUCUAUGGCCUCUAAUUGUGCCUUACUUUUCUUCAUCACACGGUGGAGAAACCAGUAGUUUGAUACGCAUACAAAUAUAUACACAGACGGAUGUUGGGGAUCAGCCUGUUUUAUUAUUUUGAACACUUUUGGUUCAGUUAUUAUUAAUAUUGAAUGAAAAAAAACAGGAUUAUAAUUUUAUUGUAAUUUCACUCACUAUAUUUGAACAUUUUUUGCAACACAUUUUGAGACUUGUGAAGAAAUGAUGCCAUUUUUAUCUAAAAACAAGGAAUCCGUUUUAUUAUUUUUAACAAAACAAGUGUUUUUAAAGUGAAAGUUUGUGUCUGAAACAAAGAAACGUGGCUUUGUGUAAUUGGUGACGUAAAAUAGAAGGACGACAGGACCAAAACAUUCAAUGCACAUUAACUACAGGAUCAUAUUUUAACUAGUGAUGUUGCCACCUACUGGCCUGGCAUGCAUAAUACAGCCUUUUUUUGAUACAGUGGUCCCUCAUUAUUCACGGGAGUGGAGUUCUAAAAAUAACCCGCUAUUGGUAAAAUCCGCAAAAUAGUCUGCUUUAUCUUUAUCAAUAAGUAUAGAUGGUUUAAGGCUGUAAAACCCCUCACUACACUAUUUUUCCGACAGGCAUUUUCAGACUUUUCUCUCGUUUAAACUUCCAUCCUCUUUUAGCAUGUAGAGAAUUCCAACUUUUUGUGCGAUGGUUAGCAUCUUCCUUUGCUUUUUGGGUGCUACCAUGGGUGCCUUUGAUUAUGCAGAAUGUUUCGUCAGCAAUAUGGGGAUUGUUGGGGAGAAAACUUGCAACAUACAGAACAGCACUUUAGAGUCACACUGCUAGCGAUCAAAAUUUGGCAAGCUGAACGCAUUCUGUACUGUACAUGUGACACGGCAAGGAGGAGAUUGACUGGCAAUGGUCUACAGCCAAUCAGGACACAGAACACAUUGUACUAAACAGUAAGCAGAGAACAAUGCGCUGUAAAAAAAAAAAAAAAAAGCAUGUCAAAUUACACAAAAAAAACAGCGAAACAGCAGACCGCAAAAGGUGAACCGUGUUAUGGCGAGGGACCACUGUAGUUGGAGGAUCUUUGUAAAUAGGGAUUUUUUAAAACCUUUUUAAAAUGUACAGAAACAAAUUACCAGUUUUAUGCACAAUAUUGUCAUCUAAAACAGUGUUUCUAAACCACGUUCCUGGAGGACCACCAGCACUGCAUGUUUUGGACGUCUCCGAUGUCUGUCACACUGAUUACAGCUUUCAGUCUCUGAUUAUGAGCUGUUGAUCUGAAUCAGGUGUGUUUGGUUAAGGAGACAUGGAUAAUGUGCAGAGCUGGUGGUCCCACAGGAUUGUGGUUGAGAAACACUGAUCUAAACACUCUAAAUCUGAUGCAUUUGUUCUAAAGAAGGCCUCUUGGGAGACAUUAUGCAUUAAAACAGUGUAAAGCACCAUCAGGUUCUAUUUUUACAUGCACAUUGCUCUCAGUAUUCCUCUUAAGUGUUUUAGCUUGCGGAUCACUGGAUUCCCAUUAAAUUAUGCUAUAGUGGUUGUAUCUACCAGAGAACGAAACACAGUUUAUAAAUGUUUUGUUAUUAGAAACCUUUCCAGCCAUAUUUUUAAGACUUGGACAUUAUAUUAAUCCAGGACAGUUGGUACCCUGCUUUAUUUCUUGACAGGACUGUAACUGCUCUUGUAUAUAAGAAUUAUUUUCUAUGCGUCUUCCAUGUUUUAGCCCUCACUCACAGGCACCAAAUUCCACUGAGACCAAUGGAUAACUCAUCCUGGUAAAAUUAGACGAUAGUUUGAGAGAUUGUGGCUUUCUGAUUGGCAGAUAACCUUUUGCAUUAUCUUCCCUCAGCGCUACAUCUCUGUGCUGGUAGUCAUGCUGGUAUGAAAAUUUACCAUCUUGUCAACCUGAAACAUUUGACACUAAGUCCAACACACACAUUGUGUAGCUUUUCAUGUAUUAAAUCGUGCUGUACUGCCAUUUGAACUGGAUUUUUGGUUUAAGUACGCUGAUCGCCUUUUUCGUUGUAUUUAAGUGUUCUAAAGUGGUUUUCACCAAAACAUUAAAUGUUUUCUAUUAUUAUUUUUGUUGUAUUUGCAUGCACUACACAAAUUGUCAAUAUAAGGGAUUCACUGCUGCCUCCUGAUCUACUUCCACCAAAGUAUUAAGGUUGAAUUGAUUGCUGUAUUCUGUAAUUGAAGUCAGUUUGCUACUGUGUGCAAAUGACAGGGGUCUGAUACACUGGAAGCCGCAUCUCUGUCAGAUCAGACGGGGACGGCCAUGAUUUCUAAUACAAAAUAAAAAAUGUGAUUUUUUUUUUAAA